AUGGCUGGUGGAGGACCGCUGGAGCUCUGGAACCACCGUUCGAUGCAGAUCUUGGUCCUCCUCAGCCUCGGGCUCCAGGUCGUCCUCUUCGUCUUCGCCGGGAUCCGCCGGCGUGAAGCCUUCCCCGUGCGGAGGCUCCUCCUGUGGCUAGCAUACCUCAUGGCCGACUCCACGGCCGUGUACGCCGUCGGCCACCUGUCGUUCAGCAGCACCGUGCGAGAGCAUCAGCUCGUCGCGUUCUGGGCGCCGUUCCUGCUGCUGCACCUCGGCGGCCCGGACAACAUCACCGCCUAUGCCCUCCAGGACAACCAGCUCUGGCUUCGCCACCUCCAAAUCCUCGUCGUGCAGGUCCUCGGGGCAGCCUACGUCAUCCACAAGAACAUCGACGGAGGUAGCAGCGGGCGGCUGCUCCGGCUUGCCUCCGGCUUGAUGUUCGCCGUUGGAUUUGUCAAGUACGGGGAGAGGACGUGGGCGCUCAAGUGUGGCACCCUGGAAAGCAUCGGCGCCUCGGUCAAGACGCAGCCGCCCGCCAUCCAUAAACAUUCCCACCGUCAGGACGAAGCGUCGGACGAGGAAUUCCUCGUGCGACGAGCCCACUCGCUGUUCCACGUCUGCAAGCGUGCCAUUGUCGAUUCCUCCGUGAUCGAGAAGGACUCCGUGGAGGGGCAGGAGGAGUACACCACCAAGAUGAUGCGCAAAGUGGAGCUAUGGGCGCUGAUGGAGAUCGAGCUCUCCCUCAUGUACGACGUACUCUACACCAAGGCGGCCGUGGUCCACACCACUGCCGGCUAUCUGGUCCGUGUCGUCUCGCCGCUCACCAUUGCCGCCUCGCUGGUGCUGUUCCAGCUCACCCCCAAGGACGGCCACAUCGGCGCCGACGUGGCCAUCACCUACGUCCUGCUGGGCGGCGCCUUGUUCAUGGAGACGACGUCGCUCGUGAAUGCGCUAGGAUCGUCUUGGACGUUUGCGUUCCUGAGCACCACAAGGUGGCGAUGGCUCCGAUACGUAGCCCUGUGCAACGGGAGAUGGGACAGUCUCCGGCGUAGGGUUGUGUCUCUUCACCAUCUUGUCAAGGGAGGAUUUCCUGGUGGUAGCAGCACCAGCAGGUAUAAAUCGAGGAGGUGGUCAUACAUCAUCGGGCAGUACAACAUGCUGCACUUGUGCACGCGCCCCGCCGACACACUGCUCACCAGCCCGCUGCUCGGUAGGCUGGCCAGGACGCUGGGACCCAACGGGUGGUGGGACAGGAAGCACUACUCAGGGACCGUCAAGAUAUCGGUUUCAGUCAAGAAACACAUCUCCCUACACAUGGGGCGGCUGUACAAACACGGGACGCUCAACUCCCUGAGCAUGCUCAGGAAGAAGUGGGGCGAGGAGCCGCUGGACCGUCGAGGGCUCUACGAAGGCAUUCUGAAAGACUCCCUGGGUGUGGAGUUCCAGGAGGGCAUCAUCAUCUGGCACAUCGCCACCGACAUCUUCCUGGCCAAGAGCGAGAGAGCCAAGGCCGAGGACGCGGCGCCACGCGUGGAGGCCAUCGUGAUGCUGUCCGACUACAUGAUGUUCCUCAUGGUGGAUCGCCCCUACAUGCUGCCAGGCCAACCCCAAAACAGGUUGUACCAGCGUACCUGCGAGAAUCUGGUCAGCAUGCCAUUGACAGAUGAUCCUAGGUACCCAGACCGCCGGCACAAAGGUAUGAUCAAGAAUCUGUUCCGCGUGCGUGAUGGCCCGGCUUCCGGCACUUCCAGGGCCUCCGAGAGACGCGAUCUCGCCAACAGACUGUAUGAUGAGUAUGCGAGCCGAAGGUUCAGCCACGACGCUCCCCGUCUCACGUACGUAGCUCGACUUGCCAAACGGUUGCUGCAGAAGGAGAGAGCCGACGGCACGGCCGACUCGUUGGACCUUGUGCUUGAGGUGUGGACGGACAUUCUCGUCUACGCGGGCAACAAGUGCAGCAGGGAGUCCCAUGCCAAGAAGCUCAACAGUGGCGGCGAGCUCACGACCAUCCUGUGGCUCAUGGCGGAACACCUCUACCAAGUGUCCCUCGAGGAAGCAUCACACGCGCAGAGAGACGAUGAUGUAUCUAACGUACUAUAA